AUGGAGUCAGUGGAAAGACAAGGAGUCACUCAACUCAUUGUAGAAAGUGAUUCCAAGGUACUCAUUGAUAUGGUUACAAAGAAAUGCAAUCUCAAUGGGGUGACAUCCAUUUUGAUUCGUCGUAUUCAGGAUCUCAUUAGCAGGAAUUGGCAAAUUCAAUUCAAGCACACACGACGGAAAGGAAACAAAAGCGCAGAUUGGUUACGUAAUCAUAGUUUUACUCAUAAUUCUUUUGAUCUAAUGAUGUUGGAGACUCCUCCUAGAGAGCUCCAAAGCAUCAUCUUUGAUGACAUUUAUGGGACUUACAUGCCUAGAAUUGUGCGCAUAGCGCCGUAG